GUGAUUUUUGAGAUUAAUAUUAUUCUAUUAUUUUACCAACUUAGAACAAGCAUAAUAAUGAUUGAUGUUUUUGCCGUUUUAAUGUUGAAAAUUUAAUUCUAAAUCACAUAAAUACAAAAGAGCGUACAGUAAACGUAACCGCGAGAUUUCCUACAAAUGAAUAACAUCAAAGAGUACAAACAAAGUGAGGAUGAGCUGGUAUGCUCCCAAUCUUCAGAAGAAAAAAUGGACACUGGCUCUGAAUCUUUAAACUCCAAUUCCAAUCAAUCUCCAGACUAUGAUGAACAGGACGUCUUACGAUUACAGAAUCCAGAACACUUGGAAAUAGACAACAGCUUGGAUAUAGGCAUUGAAACAAAAAUCUCACACUCACAGAAGCAGAAAGACCUUAAAUCACUGAAAUAUUCUACUCUAACAUUGACUACCGAUCAUCCUUUAAUGGGAUUGGGAAGUCCAGAAAAGGUUCCAGAUUUAAUACCAAAGAGAAGUCACAAAACUACUGAAAUUGACACAUUAUCAUCUAUUGAAUAUGAACGAUUUAACCACACUAACGGAUAUGAAUUUUAUAGUCCUCAGAGAAAUACUUCAAAAAAUAACUUGUACUUCUCUGAUCAUUUUGUUACUGCUGAAAGUCACACAUGGAGUGAAUCCUUUAGCUGUACUCCAGAUGUUGCUAGGAUACAAAAAGAACGACGGAAUAUUGUUCUAAAAUAUCUUGAUAAUGUUAAUAAAGAGUCUACUGUAGGCAAGGACGAAGCAAGCAGUUGUGAUAGCAAAUGUGACUUGUUUAUUCAAGCUAGUCACAGCACUCCGAAAAGUGCACCGAUUAAUAUGCCGGAGCCCCACAGUCAUAAUUUAGGGCCAGUGGAUUGGUGUUCCUCUCCAUCCCAGCUCCGUAAGAUGCCAAACUUCGAGCUGCCGAUAGAAUUGAAUAGCAGUAUCAGAGUUCACAAUGAUUUAGAAUCACCAGACCUGUUGUCUUCGUCUCGGGAAGACAGGUCCGCGUACCAGGCCUUACUGGACCCGUACACCGGCUCCGUAGCGCUUCGCCUCACCACACCCCGGAGCCCUGCGGAUACCCGCCGUAAAGUAAAAUUGCCUAACGGGAUCGCAAAUCCUCCAUUAGAUGAUGAAGACGAUGAGUGCAGUUUGGACAGCGUGAGCGGGUGCUCUAUGAACACAGAAGACGAACCUCCGCCACCAGAGCCUCUAGACGCCCAGGAGCCUACCAGUGAAUGCGAGGAUACUAAAAGGUCGAAGUCGACGGCGACAGUGAGCGAGGCGAGCGAACAGAUCGCGGAGUACUCGCUGGCCGACGAGUUGCGUGACGAGCGCUCUUGGCUGCACGUGAGGCACUCCACCGGCCAGGGCACCUGCGACAUGAAGGUGAUUGAGCCGUUCAAGCGCGUAAUCUCUCACGGCGGCUACUGUGGUGAGGCCGCCAUCAUCGUGUUCAGCGCCUGCCACCUGCCGGACAACUGCCGUCAGGACUACCGCUACGUGAUGGACAACCUGUUCCUAUACGUGAUCUGGAGCUUGCAGCGCCUGGUGACGGAAGAGUACAUCCUGGUUUAUCUGCACGGCAGCGGGGGCCGGCGCCGCAUGCCCAGCUUCGCCUGGUUGCACGAGUGUUACAAGCUGAUAGACCGAAGGCUAAGAAAGAAUCUCAAGCACCUGUACUUGGUCCAUCCAACGUUCUGGCUGAAGUCUUUCGUCGUGAUAACCAAGCCUUUCGUCAGUUCGAAAUUCUUCCGAAAGCUGAGUUACGUCAACAGUCUGAGAGAGUUGUUGGAACAGGUUCCCGUUGAGCCCAAUGCCAUCCCCGACAUCGUGAAGUACUACGACUCGCACAAACGGUAACUCACAACAACAGGUGGCGCUGCUGUCUUUGUAUUUGCUUAUCAGUACCGUGUAGGUUACCUUAGGCUGUCUCCACACGGAGCGGUGUAUACACGCACACGCUUAUAACACUCGCCUGACCGGUGUUUUAUAAGCACAGUUCCUAUGUUUUCUACGAAAUUGUUUAUUUAUAUAACGUAGAAAAUUGCAGUGUCUUUGACUGCUAUAUUUAAUAAUAUGGGCUUUACAACAUUUUGCCACUUAUCAUAUCACCUAUUGCUCUACACACUAUAUCACGCCGGAAUUUUUUAAUUAAUAUAAUUUUGUAUAUAUAGUACAUGUAGAAUGUAAACAUGUGUAAUAUUUACAUUCUUCAUGUAUACUUUAUACAAAAUUGGGUAUAUUAAUGUAUACAAUUUUCAUUCCAUGAUUUAUCACAUUAUUAGCUUGUUUUUGCCGCUCCGUGUGGUUUCAGCUUAACAACAAUAAAAUUGUUAAGGUUGUAUUUAAAUUAAUUGUGUUAUGUAGAUUCGAUCAUAUUUAUAUUGGCUUUAAUAUGAAUGUCCAAAAGUAUUAAAUUUUUUUGUGCUCUUCGACCUGAAUCCAGUAAUAUUUCAGUUUCGACCGACUUAAAUCAGACUCUGAAAGAGUUGAUUUUAAUUUUCUUGUCAAUAGAAAUUUCGCUGACCGCUAGCAACAUAAUAUUAUUGUUUUUAUUUUCAUUAAAAUUAUUUAAUUUUAACUAUUGAAAUAUAAUUUUAACUACUUUUAAUAAGUUAGCCAUUUGGACCUCAUAGCUAGUAAACUACUUUCAAAUUAAUGUUAAUUUCAGCUACUCAUAGUCCAAAUAACUGAAAUACUUAAACCAACUUAAAGUUACAUCCAAAAAACUAAAAUAUUUCGAAUCAUUUUAUCAUUUAAAAGCUAAGAAAAAUAUUUCGGAUUUUAUGUACAAUGAUUGUUGUUGAUUUAAGUAAGUUCAUCUACUGAGAUGAAACUCAAUCAUUUACUGGGCUCUGGUGGACUAAAGUUUUAAAUUUAAGUUAUUACAUUGCCAUUAUAUAUAAUUAAGUACAAUUUAUAACAAAAUACAAAGAUCCGAUAUAUGUAUAUAUUUAAGUUACUAAGAGUUCGAUUUACUUAUAGAAUUUCAAAAUUAUUUUUUAUCUGUACAUUAAUUUUCGUUAUGCAGUAUUAACCUUAAUAUUAGGUACCUAGAUCUAACGUGCGCUCACUAGAUGACCUUAAUAUAUAACUUGAGUAUACUUUCUCAACUAUUUUCUAUACCGCCUCAAGCCAGUUUGCAUUACUUAUACGAGUUUUGACAAUCGUCUCAUAGAUGUCGCUAUUCCGCAACUAGGUAGUUUAUAGAAAAUGCCAAGAUGUCGCUGUCGUGCAACAAUUACAAUUUUCAGCUUAGAUGUUAGUGUGGUAGGGGAACAAGUAUUAUUACAACACGACGAGACAGACAGACUGAAGAUAAAUAAUAAUAGGUCAGUUUCAUCUAUCAAAUUUAAAUUAUGAAAUUAUGUUAUUUAUAAAGUUUUUUACCAAACAAAUAACUAUAUUUUCAAAUUUAAAAUAAUAGUUAUGUUAGUUAAACUGAAUGUCACGUGACCGAAAACGCCGACCGCCAUUUUGUGAGGUCACUAUAGCAGCAACAAUUUGAUUUUAGCAACAUAUGAGCGAUACGGACUACGAAAGGUCGUUUUUAUUUUUAGAAUCAUCAAUGAGGAUUGCACUGCACAAAUUUUGACGUUUACUUGUCUUUGUUAUUAUGACGUCACGAGCAUGGCGGCUCUCGUUUUUGGCGCGAAUAUUUAUUAUUUAACUUUAAAACAAUUAUUCUUAGCGUUAAUUGGAAUUUAAUUGAGGAAAUAUAUAAACCAGUCGGCUACCGAAUCUAUACAAAAAUUCUCGAAUUUAUUUAAAACAUCAAAGAAUAGCCUAUUGUAAAGUUGUUAAGUAGCUAAUAGUGACGUGACGUCAUCGUCAUAAAUAUUUUAUUACACGUAUUAUGAUAAAAAUAUAGUACACAACUAAAUCAUUUAAAUUGACUGGUAUUUGAAAUUCACAAAUAUUUUUAUAUAUUUUUUUAAUUUGAUAUUUUUUAAGUAUUUCGGUCUGUCUGUGUCACUGUGUUAUGUAGAUAUUAGAAGUGUGAUGUAAUAGUUUAUAAGUGUGUUCGUGAAUUACUGCAUAAGCUCUGUUAAGGUACAUACAUACAUAUAUUUGCUUAUUAACAUAUAGAGUUAAUUGUUCGUUCAACUUUUUGUGUAUUAUAUUAAUCUGUAUUAUCUGUCUUAAUUUAUUUAAAUACAUUUGCUCAAUUACUUUACAGAAAUGAAAACAGCCAUAUUUAUGACUUUAUAUUAUAAUUUCGAUAGGUUCAUUUGUUUGAGAAACAAUUUACAAAUUUAUCAUAACGUUCAUUACUUCAUUUAUAAUUUUUUACUGCCACAAGUUGUUUGUUUUCUUGUCGAUAGUGCCGUUCUAAACUCAUAGUGCAUUGGUCGGAAUAUUCCGUUGCAAAUUAUGUCAAGUAUGAGAAUUAUGAACCAUUUCUUUAUCAAUGUUUGGGUCCGUACCAUGUUUAGCAUUUUUUAAUAUUAUCGAGCUUUAUUCUAUUCAUUGAGAUCGGACACGUGUAUUAAUAUAAUAAAUGUAAAUUAAACUUCUAACCAAAAUUUAUGGAUUCGGGACUCGAACCCGCGACCUCUCCGAGGUUCCCUCCGAGCGCUCUUUCCAACUGAGCCAACCGUUUGACGCAUGGUUCAUAAAUCUUGUCCAAUUCUCAGAUUGUGGCUCCAUCUACAGGAUCUACAUUACAAUUGAUAGCCUGCUCAACCAUAAUAAUUGCAUAUUAGGAAAUUGGCUUGAGUGUUUGCUCUUUCAGAUCUAAACAAUUCUCUCUUGUAAGCUCAGUUGGAAGAGCACUCGGACGGAACCCGCGAGGUCGCGGGUUCGACUCCCGCACCUUUAAUAAACUUUGGUUACAAAUUUAAUUUAAUUAAUUCCAAAAGUGAGGGAUUUCACUUUAGAAAAAAAAAUAUUUAUAAUAAAUAUUAUUUAUUCAUAUAUUGUAAGAUACAUAAUAAUAAUAUUUGCCAUAAACUGCUUCAAAAUUAUAAAAGCAAAAAUUCUGAAAUAUAUUAAAAUUAGAGCAUCGCCUCGUAUCGUAGUGAUGUGCCCCUUAAAUAUGUACAUCGAUAAUAAAGCACAUUCCAUUAGACAAAUUUAAAUCGAUAUUUUUAAGAUAAAUUUAGAUUAUAUUUUGUAAUCCUAUUUAGAAUUUCCUAUUUUUAAUAAUAUGUUAUACCUGAGUAUUGCCAUAUCGUAGCUGUAAAAUUUAUGUUUAUUUAGAAGUAAUUUAAUUUUAAUUGUGGUUUAUUUUUUAUGUCGAAUAUAUUUUAUGAUCCAGUCACCAGACCAGUAAUAAAAUUGUCGGAAAUGCGCAGUGAAUAGUC